UGUGCCCCCUCCCCUGCCCCAAAAGUCAAACUCCGCCUAUGAUCGAAAUCUAGUUUUGACUCCAUUUGACGGUGUCAAGUGUCAAUUCGGGUUCCCGCCCUAUGUGGGUUGUCCUGACCGAGCGGGUCACGCGGAGGUCUCACUCGGCUUUACUCAGACUCGGGUCCGCCCAAGCAUGGAUGUGACGGCCGCGUUGUUGCUCCCUCUGAGCUCAAGCUCCGUGCUUGCUUCUGUCCUACUCCUCCUUGCCGCCUAUGUGGCCUGGCGGUCGGCCUCCAGUCAGCCGGAUCACCUGCGUGCAUCGGAGCCUCCGGGGCCCAGGCCGCUACCCUUGCUCGGGAAUCUGCUGCACCUGAACUUGCACGCACCGCAUCGGACCCUCUUGGAGAUGUCCAAGAAGUACGGCCCGGUGUUCACCUUCCACAUGGGGCCCAAGAAGGUGGUGGUCCUGGCCGGAUACCAGACGGUGAAGGAGGCCCUGGUCCAGCACGCUGAAGAAUUUGGCGAGCGGGAAGCUUUUAACACCGUUAAGGAGGCCAAGCUGGAGCACGGAGUCCUUAUGACCAAUGGCGACACAUGGAAGGAAAUGCGUCGCUUUGCUCUGAGCAACUUGAGAGACUUCGGGAUGGGGAAAAAAGCUUGUGAGGACAAGAUCGUCGAAGAGUGUCAGCACCUCUUGGAAGUCUUCAGGAAUUUCAAAGAUGAAGCAUUUGAUAACCAUGGGCCCAUCAACUACGCGGUGUCCAACAUCAUCUGCUCGCUGGUGUUCGGCAGCAGGUUCCGGUACGAUGACCCUGCUUUCGUGAGCAUGGUGCGGCGCACCGGAAGAAGCGUUGAAAUACUGGGCGGUCCAUCCUUGCAGUUGUACAACAUGUACCCAUGGCUGGGUAAGUGGGUCUCGUGGGCGAGAGCGGAGCUUCGCCAAUUGGGGGCCGCCAACAGGAAGCGGACCGCCGAACUGAUCCGGGGUCUGAAGGACACGCUGGACCCGCGGAGCAGCCGAGGCUUCGUGGACGCCUUUCUUAUCCGUCAGCGACAGUUGGAGGUUGCGCCGGUUCCCUUUGUGCUGUCCUCUGUGCUGCUCAUUCUCGCCGCCUUUGUAGCCUGGCGGUCGUCCUCUAGUCGGCCGGAUCCCCGGUGUGCAUCGGAGCCUCCGGGGCCCAGGCCGCUACCCUUGCUCGGGAAUCUGCUGCACCUAAACUUGCGCGCACCGCAUCGGACCCUCUUGGAGAUGUCCAAGAAGUACGGCCCGGUGUUUACCUUCCACAUGGGUCCCAAGAAGGUGGUGGUCCUGGCCGGAUACCAGACGGUGAAGGAGGCCCUGGUCCAGCACGCUGAAGAAUUUGGCGAGCGGGAACCUUUUAACACCGUGAAGGAAGCCAAGCUGGAGCAUGGUAUCGUAUGGAACAACGGCGACUCGUGGAAGGAGAUGCGUCGCUUCACUUUGAGCAACCUGAAAGACUUUGGGAUGGGAAAGAAAGCGUGCGAGGACAAGAUCAUUGAAGAAUCUCAGCACCUCUUGGAAGUCUUCAGGAACUUCAGAGGCGAAGCGUUCGAUACCCAGCAGGCGAUCAACCACGCCGUAUCCAACAUCAUCUGUUCGCUGGUGUUCGGCAGCAGGUUCCGGUAUGACGACCCCGCUUUCAGGGCCAUGGUGUGGCGCAACAGCAGAGCCAUUCAGAUAGUGAGUGGUCCAUCCUUACAGUUGUACAACAUGUACCCGUGGCUGGGCAAGUGGAUCUCCUGGGCGAGAGAGGAGCUCCGCCGACUAGAGACGGCCAACAGGAAGCAGGCCGCCGAACUGAUCCGGGGUCUGAAGGACACGCUGGACCCGCGGAGCAGCCGAGGCUUCGUGGACGCUUUUCUCAUCCGUCAGCGACAGUUGGAGGACUCUGGCGACGUGGGUCACUACCACGAUCCCAACCUGCUGAUGACCGUCUCCCACUUGUUCGCCGCCGGCACGGAAACGACCUCCACCACGCUCAGAUGGGCGCUCCUUUUCAUGGCCACGUACCCCCACAUUCAAGAGAAGGUCCAGGAGGAGCUGAAGCGUGUCAUCGGAGAUCGGCAGGUCCAGGUGGAGGACCGGAAGAACUUGCCCUUUACCAAUGCCGUCAUCCACGAGACGCAACGAGUGGCCGACAUCGUUCCCAUGUCGCUGCCUCACCGGACCAGCCGGGACGUCGCCUUCCGGGGCUUCUUCAUCCAAAAGUGGACGACGGUGUACCCGCUCCUCACGUCCGUCCAUCAGGACGAGAGCCAAUGGGAGAAGCCCGCCUCCUUCCAUCCUCAGCAUUUCCUGGACCGGGACGGAAAGUUCGUCAAACCCGACGCUUUCAUGCCCUUUUCCGCCGGUCGCAGGGCGUGUCCGGGCGAGAGUCUGACGCGCAUGGAGCUCUUCAUCUUCUUCGUCACGCUCCUACAGCACUUCCGCUUCCGGCCCCCGGCGGGGAUGCCGGAGGACCGGUUGGAGCUCACGCCCUGCGUGGGCUUCACGCCCGCCCCCCAUAAACUUCGCGCCAUUACCCGGCUGACCGGCUAACGUUGCGUCGGCUCUGUCUGGUGCGUUGUGUGUGUGUUUUUUGGUUUUUUUUGUAAUUGCCUUACCUGUUCAUUUAAAAAACAACGACUGAUAAGCACGCAUGUCUUUGGCCCAAAAUGUGGAAAUGUAAUGCUCACAAUAGAAUAAAAAACAUGAAUCACAAUAAAGACA